AUGACAUAUAUGACAGCUGCCAAAUUUCGCCAUUCUUUCUGUAGUUGUAUAUUUUAUAUUACUGUUUGUGAAUUAAAACUAGUAUUAUCUUAAUUUUGGAACCUCAAAAAAUGAAAACAAAUCACAAUUCCAUAAAGGCUAAGUUUAGUCAGGAAUUAUUUUCUUAUAUCCUUCUUAUUUAUUAGGUGUCGUUCUGAAAAGUUUCUUUGAAAUUUAAAAAUAUCAAUAUUGCCCCAAGAUGUUCAACGGAAGCGGUUUUUUCGAAAAAAGGCCUCUCAAGAAGCCUAGAAUUGGACCACCUGAUGUUUAUCCUCAGGAACCAAAGCAGAAGGAAGACGAGCUGACUAGUAGUAAUGUAAAACAUGGGUUUCUUACCAUGACACAACUGAGUGAUGAGUUUGGUACUGCACGAAAUUGUAAUGUCACCUCAAACAAGGUUGGAGCUUAUUUUAACGAGAUCAUUGCAGAAAAGGAAAAAUUUAGUAUGUUACCAGAUUCCGGGAGGAAAAAACAACAAAUUAAUCCAAAAGAUAAUUUUUGGCCAGCUACUGGCAGAACAAAAAAUGCAAUUGAAGCCUGGUUUAAAGAUCUGGCAGGAAAAAAACCUUUAAUGAGUUUAUCAAAAAAAGCUCCCAAUUUCAAUAAAAAGGAAGAAAUUUUUAUGCUAUUAUGUGAAUAUCAAGUUCCUAUGAUGAGAGCAGCUUGGUUUAUUAAAUUGAGUUCUGCAUAUACUGCCUACACAGUUUCAGAAGCUAAGAAUAAAAAGAGGCAGAUGCCAGAUCCAACAACAGAAUGGUCAAGCACAUUACUGAAGUUUUUAAAGGAUCAAAUACCAAAAUUACAAGACCAUUAUUCUCAGACUGAAAAAUCCAACAUAAAUCAAGUCCCUGGUAAUGCUAAUAGUGAAGCUGAGCAGAAUCUUGCUUAUAAACAUUGGAUAUAUUGCUCUAGGUUACUGAAAUAUAUGUAUGAAGAAGGUCUUACUGACCCACAAGAGGUGCUGAACUGGAUUAUAGAUUUGCUUGAGAAAGUCAGGACUCAACCUUUGGAUGAUGGUAUUUUGAGGCUAUUUUUACCAUUAACGAUGCAAUACAUGGAAGAAUUUACCCAAUCUGAACUAUUAUCAAGAAGAUUGGCAUUAUUUUGUGCCAAAAAAUUGAAUCAGAUGUUGUCACAUGGUGAUAAUACUAAUUGUCCUCCUAGCGAAGUUAAAACAGAGACCAAAGAUAAUUCUGAAGGUGAAAAAAAGGAGAAUAUUCCUCCAAAUUCCCUUACAACUUCCUUGAUUGAAUAUCAAAGUUGUCCUCUUCAUAGAGAUAUGGUUAUUCAAUUGAGUUCGAUAAUACAUUCCAUAAUGUUAGAAUGCCCCACUAGUUUGGUUUGGUGUGGAGCUGGAGUUGAUACCAUUUGGUAUGGUUCUCCUCUAGAUAAAUUAACAUUCAACCCAUCUUCCCUUCCUAUGCCAGCAAGAUGUGAUAUGAAUACUUAUAGAAAACAAAUUAAAUAUGCAGAAAGUGUAAUUAAAGAAAGAAGCAAGAAAGCUAAAGGAAGGUGGUGUACUAAAAAAUGGCAAGAGUCUUCUUCAGCAGGUACUAUGACAGCAAGAGUUUUGAGCGCAUUAGAUGCUUUAGAUAGACACAAAUUUGACAGAAUGGACUCUACAAAUUCCUUGGAAACCCUGUAUGCAAAGGUAUUCAAUGAAAGUAACGAUCAAGAAGACGCGGUUGUGAAAUUAUUAUGCGAAUGGGCACUAUCACCUGAGAGAACUGGUGAACAUAGAGCAUUAGCAGUUGCUGCUUUGUUGGAUAGAAGACAGUCCGAUUCCUCUUCCAAUGCAGAUCAAGAAACUACAGCGAAUGAUGAUAAGGAUUCUAAUUGUUCAAUACCAGCAGGCCCGCCUAUGUUUCAGUCUCUGUUGAUGAAAUUUUUGGACAACGAUGCCCCAGUACCUUCACCUGAAGAUUGUCCAGCUAAAAAGACAGCGUUUUCAAACUUAGUGCAUCUAUUUUCGGAAUUGAUACGUAGGGAUGUGUUCUCUCAUGAUGCCUAUAUGUGUACUCUCAUUUCCAGAGGGGACUUGUUAGGUCUUGAAGAAAUCACUGAUGUCAGUCAUUCUAAAAUAGAGGAUCAUUCGCAAGCUAUGGAUUAUGAUGAUGCUAAUAUUGAUCAUGACUUAGAUAAAAUUCUGCAAAAUAUCAAAGAGGAUCAACAGAAUUCAAUGGAUGUACCCGAUAGUCCUAAAGAACAUGAUCAUAGCCAUCAUUCACAUAAUCAGUCCACUAUCGGACAUGUCCCAAUGGAAACUGACCACAAUGAUAUGAAAAUCAAACCAUCAAGGCAUUUAUUGUACACAACACAUUUCCCACUCUCUCAAGAUGAUCCAUUUUCACAACAUGAUUGCAAUCAAAGACAUGUUCUCCUCUAUGGUGUUGGUAAAGUUAGGGAUGAAGCCAGACAUACGGUUAAAAAGAUGUCGAAAGAAAUCUGUAAACUCUUUUCUAAGAAAUUCAGUAUUGAUGUUGCUGAAGGAGGCAAGGUCAAGAAACAUUCUAGAAAUGAAUUUAACUUUGAAGCAACAACACAGAAGUGUCAAAGUUUAAGUUAUUUCGAUCAACAUGUUGUUACUUGGCAAUGCAGUGUUACUGUGAUAGAAAUGCUGAAUUCAUUUGCAACCGGCAGCUCAAGUUAUUUACCCGUUCAAGAACAUGUAGCUUUUCUUUUUGAUCUAAUGGAGCUGGCUUUGAAUAUUUAUGGAUUGAUAGAUGUUUGUAUUCAGAUAUUGAAAGAACUUCCAGAAGUUGAAAUGCAGUUAUAUAUGAAAAAUUCUGUUUUAACUAGAAACUAUACAACAUCCUUGAGUUUAUAUGUUGUAGGAGUGCUGCGAAGAUAUCAUUGUUGUCUAUUGUUGUCUCCUGAGCAAACUACUGCAGUAUUUGAGGGUUUAUGCAAAGUUGUAAAGCAUGUUACGAAUCCAGGGGAUUGUAGUUCAGCGGAAAGAUGUAUUUUGGCUCAUCUUUUCGAUCUCUACUCAUCGUGUAGUUUAUUGAAGUCAAAGCCACACACGGUAGAGCCAUUCAGUAAUGCCUACCCUAAGAUAAGACAGGCUUUGUAUACAGCUCUUCAGCCAACUCCCAGUAGUAAUCAUGUAUACAAUGCACAGUUCAUGCAGGAAAUAUUUGCUAGUCCUAGAAGAGGCGGCCGUAUAGAAUCAUCUUGGGCAAGAUUAUUGAAUGAAAAUGUUAAUAAUCGGUAUUCCUUUGUAAGCAACGCAAUUUUACAUGUAUGUCGUGAAGUUGAUAAUGAUCGGUUAAAUGAUCUUGCCAUAAUGUGUGCUGAAAUGACUGCUUGCUGUAAUACUCUUGCAUCUGAAUGGUUGGGAGUGCUAUUAGCGCUUUGCUGUCCGAUGUCGCAUCCUGGCUAUUAUACAGAAGUUUUGACGAGCUUAGAUGUUCAGGAUAUAAGUAUUCAUAACGCUCUUGCUAUUUUCACCUGCAUUCUUAUAGCCAGACAUUGCUUUUCCUUGGAGGAUUUUGUUGGCAGAGUCGCCUUACCUAGUCUUUUGAAGGUUAAAUCUUUGGAUAAUGGAGGAGGUGUGGCAGAAGGAGGUAUGCGUUUAACAUGCCACUUGUUGCUUCGUCUCUUCCGAACUGCGGAGGGUCCUCAGCCGGGACUUUAUUCUGUUGGAUCUCCUCCAUUAACAGCGCCAAGACCUCCUUUAGGAGUAAGAUUGAGUUGCGAUAGACAUCUAUUGGCUGCAGCCCAUCGGAACAUCCAUGUGGGUCCUGUUUUGGCUGUACUGAAAGCAGUAUUAGUAGUUGGUGAUGCGACAGCUAGAGAAGGUACAGAAUUAAGUAUAUCCCAUAUACUCGGUACAAGUGAUCUCAUGAGUGGAGGAGAUGGGCCUACUUUGGACUUGGCGAUUGACUUGGAAUCUUGUGGAUCAAGGACCGCUCAUAGGCAAUCAAGUACAGGAAAUGCUGAAAGUACAGCAUCUUUGUCCGCUUUUGCCUGUCAUGUCUUAAGGGAAAUAUGCUCUCAGCAAUGGGUUUUAGAAAGAUGUCUAAGUCACCCUGAGGAACUCUGUGACAUGGACAAUUUGCUGGAUCCUCUCCUUUCUCAUUCUCAGGCUCAAAGACUACUUCACAUGAUAUGUUAUCCUGAGGCAGGGAUCAAUUACGAUGAACUAGAUCAGAAGAGUAUGAUUAGCAGAAUUCUAGAGAAUUUAGAACAGUGGACUUUGAGGAUGUCUUGGUUAGAUUUGCAACUAAUGUUCAAGCAGUUCAGUCCUAAUUCUCAGGAAUUAUCGCAAUGGCUUGAUACUGUUGCAAAAGCAGCCAUUGAUGUAUUUCAACUGAAUGCGCCUAGUUCAAGAUCUCCUCGUUCAGAUGAAAAGAAAUCACUUUUGAAAAAUAGAAACUAUAAUUCAAUUUGGCUAGUUGCUCCAUUAGUGUCUAAAUUACCUAGUGCUAUACAAGGCAGAAUAUUGAAGGUGGCUGGUCAAGUAUUAGAAAAUGGGGCUUGGUGUCGUGAACAAAAAACUAAGGGAAAGAAGGAAGCAGAACAACAGAGUAUUCUUACACAUCAACCGUUUUUGAGUUUGGUACUUACAUGUCUGACUGGUCAAGAAGAGGGUUUACGAGAAGGACUUUUGUCUUCUCUUCAUCAACAAUUGAGUCAGCUUGUACAACUUGCUAAAGAAGGUCACAUCCAAGAUAUUUGCAAUAAUGUAAGAACAUUGGAUAGUCUUCAGUUGAGAUUUGCAUUAGUCGGAGGUGUUUUUGAGGCAUUCCAGAAAAAUCCUUCUGCAACUAAUGAUUGGGUUCUGCUAUUGGUUCAAUUGGUUACCAAUGGUUUAAUUGACCUUCAUACUCAUAGCUCCUUAUUUACCACUGUUAUUGAUAUGUUGGCAACAUUAAUUCACUCCACAUUAUCAGCAGAAAGUCAAGAUGAUGGUAGAAAAGUUUAUUUGAAUCUCAUGAAAAAGUUGAAAAAAGAAGUUGGAGAUCGACAAGUACCAUCUCUUCAACAUAUAAGACAGUUAUUACCUAUGCCAAGAUCAGUUACGGAAAUAAUUGCAGUGGAACCUAUUGGAUCUCUGACUGAUAGUAAAGGAAAUAAAAUUAGUUUUGAUAGCAUUGACAAAAAGUAUGGUUUUCAAGUUACAGAUAAACAAAGAGUUAGUAACUGGGACAUAUUAGAAGGGAUGAGGAAUCCUGCUCCAUUAUCAUGGUCUUGGUUUGGUGCAGUCAGAUUGGAAAGAAAACCAUUAGUUUCGGAAGAUACACAUAGGUUACUGAAGUAUCAUACACAUAAUCUACAAAGACCAGCUUCUUACUACUUAGACCCACCUCCACUACCACCAGAAGAUUUGGAACCACUUCAAGACAAACCUGAUUCUAAUUUGAAAGCGGACACACCUUCAUCAGUUGAUCAGAGUCCAAUCACAUUAGGUAAAGGACGAGGCAAGGGUCAAAGAAAACCUCGCAAACCAAAGAAUGUGCCAGGUCCCAUGCAAGUUAAUCCAAUGGUUGGUAUGGCCCAGAAUGCAAUGAAUUCUCAGCAAGCUGGUAUGCAUGUACCAGUACCCAGUGGUAAUCAACAAAUACCACAUAAUAUGGGUUAUGGGCAAAAUAUGCCUCCUCAAGGUCAACAAUAUGGUGGAAAUCCAAAUCAGCAACAAUGGUACAAUUCUCAGCAGCAACCACAAGGAUAUUAUCCUCCACAAAUGCCCAAUGUUGCUAGAUUUGAGAGGCCUCCCAUCAACCAAUCUAAGCAGGCGUUGUCAAAUAUGUUGAGACAAAGACAUCCACUCAAUCAGUUUAUGACGCCUAGUCAGGGCGGACCUGGUCAAAAUCCUGCAGGGCCUGGUGCAUACUCUACAAUGCAGAGGUUUCCUAGGCAACCUAUGAGACAACCUAUACCUAGUGCUAUGCAAUCAAAUCAGGCUGCUAUGUUUUCGCAACAGUAUGGAGGUAUGCAAAAUACGGUCAACCAAUCGUAUGGUAAUUAUCCUGGUGGAAAUAUGAUGGCAAGUAAUAUGCCUAAUAAUCAACAAGUUAUGCAAGGUGGAGGAGGAGGAAUGUUUCCUGGUCAGCAACAAGGGUUUAGCGCACAACAAAGGGCACAACCUGAUUAUAGGGGUAUGCCUCAGAAUCCAAGACAACAGUAUAUGCAACAACAGGUUCCUAAUGUUACCAUGAAUGCAAACUUGAACACUAUGGGCGCUAUGGGUGGUCAACAAACCGGUUCAGUUCCACCAUAUUCGAGAAACCAAGCUCAAGGUAUGCAGCCUGGCAUUCAGGGACAACCAAAUCAGUUCCAACAACAGCAGCAGCAACAACAGAGAAUGAGACAACAGAUGAUGGCUAUGCAACAACAACAUCAGGGGGGACCUCAGAACCAACAACCAUCACCCAAUCUUGUCUCACAUCUCAGACAAAUGCCGUAUCAUCAACAACCUCCUCCAUAUAAUAUGUAGGAAGAUUAUAUUUCUUUUUUACGAAGAAUACUUAAAUGAAAUUUUUUUUUCCAAUAUAUUUUAUGAUUUGCAUGUAGUAUGGAGGUUUGAUUUAUAAUAAUGACUAUUCAUUUAGAGUACCUUGAUUUUAUUUUAAAUGUUUUAUAUUUUAUAUAAAUUAUGAAACGAGAUAUUUUGAAUAAGUGCAGUUAUGUUUUAUUUAGGUGUAUAUAUUUAUAUAUCUAUAUAUGUGAAAGAAAUAAAACGAAAUUAAGUUA